AUGCCGAAGUUUGUUCCUCGUCAGAGGAAGCAGAAGCACAGGCAGAAGGAGGCGGCAGAUGCUGCGGUCGAUAGCAAUGCCGCCGAAGAAAAUAAACUCAAGAAAGAAGAAAAUGUUGAACUGCUCAAGAAGCUUGAAAAAACAACAUUGGAUACUUCCAAUUUCGAGAGUUCUAGAGAAAUAGGGAAGCGCAAAAGACUUGACGAAAACGGUACCAUUGAAGGAUCUAGGUAUACACAUGACAGUGCCCCCCAAGUAGAGUUGUCGGGCGACGAAACAGAUGAUUCACUCCCUCCUUCGGGGACAAGUUUUGCUAUUCCUAAAGCACAAGGUCCUGCUGAAAAGCCGGCAGAACCCGUCGUGGUUGGUAGCGGGCUAAAACGCCCUCUCGAACUUGGAGCGGACGGAUUUCCCGUUCUCAAAAAGCGCAAACGAGCGCCGAAAUUGAAAACGAAGGCCACUAAGAUACAAGAGGUACCAUGGGAGGGAUUUGACUCUGACGAAGGCGAGAAUGAGAGCGAGGAUGGCAGCGCCCCAGAUGAUCGAAAACACAAAGACGAAGAGGCGGAAGUACUGGAUAAGGUGGAUGAAGACGAGGAUGUUAAACCUUCAGAGGACGAGGAAGAAGAAGAGGAAGAAGAAAGCGACGAGGAUGAUGAUGAUGACGACGACGAAGAUGACGAAGACGAUGACGAAGAGGAGGAUAGUUCCAGCAACCCACCUCGCCAGUCCGCGUUCAAAGCCUGGGCCAGACAACAAAUCAAUGAAACAGUCGGUUUCAAGCCCACUACCGGCCCUAUCGUAUCAGAAGAGCAACCCUUCGACCCCAAGUUAAAAGAAAAGCCUGUGCGGAAUACUGUUUACGAAGAAGAACCACUUCCCGCAGAACUUCAAGUUACCAAAGGCAACCCCUACCGAAAGGCGUUCCAUGUCCAAGUUGACCGCUCGGAGGAUAUACAAAACGCACGGUUGGGUUUGCCCGUUGUUGGAGAAGAACAGAAAAUUAUGGAAGCAAUCUACAACAAUUCCUCUGUCGUUAUAUGGGGUGCUACUGGUAGCGGUAAAACUACUCAGCUACCACAAUUUUUGUUCGAAGCUGGCUUUGGAAACCCGGAUAGCCCUAAUCCGGGCAUGAUAGCGGUAACGCAACCUCGCCGAGUAGCUGCCGUCAGUAUGGCAAAACGUGUAGGCGAUGAGUUGGGUCAGUUCUCUGAUCAGGUAUCUUAUCAGAUCCGGUUUGAGAGCACUGUCUCAAAAAAGACCGCAAUCAAGUUCAUGACUGAUGGUAUAUUGAUCCGAGAAAUUGCGGACGACUUCUCGCUGAGCAAAUACUCUAUCAUCGUUAUCGAUGAGGCCCACGAACGAAGUGUUAAUACAGAUAUCCUCAUUGGUAUGGUGAGCCGUAUUGUGGACCUGAGGAAAGCUAUGAGUGAAGAAGACCCAGCUGUGAAACCUUUAAAACUCGUGGUCAUGUCUGCGACUCUGCGUAUCUCCGACUUCACCCAAAAUCCCAACCUCUUCCGUCAGGGACCACCGCCUUUGGUUCAGGCAGAAGGUCGUCAGUACCCCGUUACGGUUCAUUUUUCCAGACGCACACGCCGCGAUUAUGUUGAGGAGGCGUACCGGAAAGUCUCAAGAGGUCAUCGUAAGCUGCCUCCAGGGGGCAUGCUUGUCUUUUUGACAGGACAGAAUGAAAUUCGAGAACUCUCUAAGCGCUUGAAGCAGGCCUUCAAACCUACGCAGCGGGGUGGAGAAACUGAGGCUAAAGUGCAGAUCUCUGCGAACGAUGCACCACUGGAAGCGGAAGAUCUAGACAUUGGGGACGCCGAUCUUUCCAAUGUUGGCAACGAGGACGACGAUAGUGAUCUCGAAAUCACUGGUCUAGAUAACGAUGAUGAUGACGAUGAUGGCUUUGACCUCGGUGAAGAAGCAAUGGGCUCAUCCACCCGAGUGCAUGUCCUACCGUUGUACUCCCAACUUCCCACAAAGGAACAGCUGAGAGUUUUCGAACCACCACCCGAGGGCUCACGUCUUAUCAUUCUAGCGACUAACGUGGCCGAGACUAGUUUAACAAUCCCGGGUAUCCGAUAUGUAUUUGAUUGUGGACGGGCCAAGGAGAAACAGUACGACUUAGAUACAGGCGUGCAGAAAUUCCAGGUCAACUGGAUCAGUAAGGCCAGUGCCAACCAAAGAGCAGGACGAGCUGGUAGAACUGGGCCCGGUCACUGCUAUCGACUCUACUCAUCUGCAGUUUACGAAAACGAGUUUGCACAGUACACAGAUCCAGAGAUUCUGCGUACGCCAAUUGAAGGUGUCGUGCUUCAGAUGAAGAGGUCUGGCGAAAGCGAGAAGCUCCUCAAAAAUCUCGGUGCUCUCUCGUCUGAUGGUAAAGUUACGCAAAUCGGUAACCGCCUGUCUACAUACCCUCUAUCCCCUAGGUUCGGUAAGAUGUUGCAUAUUGGACAUCAACACGGCUGUAUGCCUUACGUUAUUGCGCUGGUUGCAGCCUUGGCAGUCGGGGACCUCUUUGUUCCAGAAAACCAGGUCGAUCCGAGCCCCAAGGGAGAUGACAGAGAAAAAGACACAGUGUACACGAACAAGGACCGUUUGGAAGACACUGUUCGGGAGCAACGUCACAAGGAUUAUGCAAGAGCUCAUCGACUCUGGAGCCAAUACGACGAUACGUCUGAUGCGUUGAAAUUCUUAUCAGCGAUUUGCGCUUAUGGAUAUGCUUCAGAUGGAGAAUCGUUCUGUGAGAAGAUGUUCUUACGAGGCAAAGGAUUCAAAGAGGCUACACAACUACGAAGCCAAUUAACAGACAUAGUGCGGGCCAAUAACCCUGGAGUUAUUGGAGCGUAUCAGCCACGUUUACCGCAGCCGUCCGAGAAGCAAAUCAAGGCUUUGAAACAAAUUGUCACCGCGGGCUUCAUUGACAAUGUUGCCAUCCGGGCUGAUUUGUCUCCAGUACCGCCUGAAAUGCAUCGUACACCAAAGAGAGCGAUCGAUGUCCCAUACUUGACUCUAUUCAAGUCUCGCGAGGGACCGGCCACGGAACUCGAUGAGAAGGCUGUCUACGUGCAUCCGUCAUCUAUCCUUGCGAGCCUCUCGCCAAAGGAAAUGCCGCAAUACAUCAUAUACUCCCAUCUUCAACAAGCGUCCCCAUCGCUCGUGUCGACCGAAGUGCCCAAAGUCAGAAUGUUCCCACUGGUUUGCCCUAGUGGCCUGCAACUCUCUGCUAUUGCACAGGGCACACCCUUAAUAGAGUACGGUAAGCCUAUUGGGAAAGCAGAAUUGAUUGACGGAAUCCCGCCACGCAGGGCGUGUUGGGUGAUCCCGUCAUUGGUAAGCGAGCCUGGCCGUGGAGGAUGGCCUUUGCCAGCCAAGAAGGUGGUUCAAAAGAAAGACCCUAAAGAGGGCUGGAUAAUUGAAAAGUUUGGCGCUUAA